GAUUUAACCUCUGAAGCCAUCAUCAAAAUAAACUUGGUUAGGGUUCAGAUCUCACCACCACACACGAUAAACCAGAUACAAUUGCAAGCUGGAAUCAUUAGUCUCUUCAAGAGUUUAAUCAGAGAGACAAAAACCUCAUCUUCUGCUAAAUUCCAAAGAAAAACCAAUUUACAAUUCCAGAGUGGUCCUGUCUCACUCUUUUCCUCCUUUUUUUGUCUUCUUCUCCAUUCUGCAUUUCUUUUCUUCUCACUUGACAAGCUCAAACUCUCACACCUCACUGUCUCUGAUUGCAACGCCCAAAGACUUGGCCAAAACCAUUUCCUUUGACAUUUUCCAACUCUCUCUCUGAUUUGUUCUAUAAAAGUGAAUAAAUUAAGAUGGGAAAUGAAAACCAUCAGCAGCAUCAGUUUUACUAUCAGAAAAGCACAUUCCUUCCAAUGCUGUGUUCACGACCCACCAUCAAAGACGUGACCAUGCCACGCUUCAGAGACCCUUCUGCUCCCUCUUCCAACGACCCUUUAUCCCCAAGAAUCAGUUGCAUGGGUCAGGUCAAGAGAAACAACAAAAUCGCUGGGAUUCCUCCCUCUCACAGACUCUCUUUCCCCAACAAAUCUUCCCCAUCUGUCAAAUACUCCAAACUCAGAAGACUCUUCUCCGGGAAAAACUUCAUCAUCACCACCCCCAAAACCACCACCGCCGCCGCCUCCGCCUCCGCCGCCACCUGUAGAUCAAGGCAACAGCUUUCGGAUGUGCCCAGAAACCAAAAGUGUCUCAAGAGUGAGAACAACAACAACAACAACAAUGUUGUUUCCAUGAUGAGCAUUGAAGAGAUGGAUCCUCCUUUGCCUGUGGUGAAAAGAGUUCUUCUUCCCAAGUCGGAGGAAGGAAAAGAAUUGGAUAGUCUCUGGAAAAGGAGAUCCGGUACGGCUAGACCUGCACUCAAAAGUUUACAGCUUCAACAGAUUCACCAUCCAAGGAUUUGUCAUCAACCUCCAACUGUUUGAUAUCAUACCUCUCCAACACAAUCAAAUCGACGGAUCCAAUCUUGGAUUGCAUUUUUUUAUUUUAUUCUGUUUUUGUUUUCUCAGAUUGUUACGUACAUCAUCAUCAUCAUCAUCAUCAUCAUAUACAAUGUAAAGGGUUUUCUUUUCUUCUCUCUUCUAAUUUUCCAGGCUUCCCAUUUCCCGUGUUGCUUGCUUGCUCUGUUUCUUGAAGCAUCUCACAUGGCGGUGAUGCAGAGUAUCAUGCUCAUGUUUUCUGAUACAAUAGUAAAUUGGUCAAAGUCAAAUGGUCAAAUAUUUAAUGCGUUUUAAUUA